AUGGCGCUACUAGUAGACAAACACCGGCCGCGCAAUCUUGAAGCACUCAGCUAUCACCCCGAGCUUUCAGAUCGUCUACGAGCCCUCGCACAAAGCGGCGACUUUCCACAUCUCCUCGUAUACGGUCCUUCUGGCGCAGGCAAGAAGACACGCAUCGUAGCAACGCUCAAAGAGCUCUAUGGACCCGGUGUCGAGAAGAUUAAGAUCGAUGCACGCGUUUUCCAAACCACCACAAACCGCAAGCUCGAGUUCAACAUUGUCGCGUCUGUAUACCACCUCGAAAUCACACCAUCAGAUGUUGGAAACUAUGACAGAGUAGUUGUACAAGACCUUUUGAAGGAAGUGGCGCAAACACAACAGGUCGACUUGAGCGCGAAGCAGCGUUUCAAGGUGGUUGUGAUCAACGAGGCAGAUCACUUGACAAGAGAUGCGCAAGCAGCACUCAGACGGACCAUGGAGAAGUACAGUCCCAACCUGCGGUUGAUUCUACUAGCAAACUCUACGAGCAACAUCAUCGCACCCAUCAGGAGUAGAACGCUUCUUGUGAGAGUUGCGGCGCCGACGGAGACUGAAAUCUGCGAUGUUCUGAGCAAAGUGGGCAAGAAGGAGGGAUGGAAAGAUGUGGAGAGUCUGAAUCAGAGGAUAGCGAAGGACAGUGGACGUAACUUGAGGAAGGCGCUUUUAAUGUUCGAAGCAGUACACGCUCAGAACGAGAAAAUCACCGACCAAACACAUAUUCCUCCACCUGACUGGGAAGCACUCAUCCAGCAAAUCGCCCGCCAAAUUGUCGAGGAGCGAUCUCCGCAACGCCUUCUACAAGUCCGCGCCUCCCUUUACGACCUGCUAUCGCAUUGCAUCGACUCUACAACCAUCAUAAAAACGCUUACCUGGAAAUUAAUACCCUUGACCGAGGACGCACUAAAGCCUGAGGUUAUCAAGUGGGCAGCAUUCUAUGAGCAUAGGUGUAAGAUGGGCGCCAAGCAGAUCUUCCAUCUAGAGGCUUUUGUCGCAAAGUACAUGAGGUUGUAUGAGAGGUAUGUGCUGCACUUUGAUAAAGUUGGGUUGAAGCUUACAAUUGACGCAGCUACGCCAUGGGUAUCGACUUCGAUUCGGCAUAAACGCAAAUUCGCAUGUUUGGUUCGAUUGCAGGACAAGCUUAUGGACACUGCGCCCGGCGGCGAGAACCAAAACCAAUACGAAGAUGUGCACACCUUCAUUGAACCUCAUGCCAAGCAAGCUGGUCAAUUAGGUGACCCCUCAGAAGGCACCUCAAUGCACAAGAAGACCUCCGACCCCGGCGCGCCCAACACUCAAGGCAUCACACCGGCAGAUAAGAUCCGGUACGGACAAAGUAUCCAAGAAGGUGGGGCAGGCGGCAAGACAACAAGUUCGACGGGUGAGGCGAACACUGAAAGUGGAUUCGGUGGUACAGAAGCGUUGAACGAAGACGAUGAGAAUGCGGCCAAGCAGAGGAGAGAACAGGGAUACGGUGGAAACAAAGAUAUGGAUCGAAACAUUGGCGCAUAG